UUUGUUUUUCCAUCCACGUCCGUUGAAGUCAUUUUUUUUCUCUUUUUUCUUUGUAUCUUUGAAGUGGACCCUAUUUUGAGAUUUGGAUACUGUUAGCAUUGCGUUGUACUAUUUCCGGGGUUUAAAUGUGGAUGGUUGUGAAAAGAUCUGAGCUGGUGAGCCCAGGUCGAAUGCUCUACCGCUCCGUUUCUCUGUCUCUCUCUCGUACAGCUUUCCGAAGAUGGAAGUUUUUAUCACUUUUUAGCGCAGCUUUCUACUCUCUCUUAUUCCUCUGAGCAAAUAUUGUCGAUCUGCGAUUCGUGUCGAAGCAUAUUUUGUCCCUCCAGGCGUUUUGUUCGGUCGUCUGGGUUCUGCUUCCUCGACAACCAUCCCAGGAAUCCAACCCAGCCCACUAGUGUAGCUCUUUCGAUUGUGAUCUGGUUUUGCCACAGAGAGCGAUGCUGAUGAAGCUUCCAUCGCAAGUAUCCUGUUAAGCAUGCUGUUCACUCUCGGGUCUCAUUGUUCUCACGAGAGCUGAUUUAUUCGAACGAUUCCUAUGGGUUUCUGUGCAUGGUUGAAUUGUUCUCAUACCAAACUAUCUGUUUGGUUCACAGGUUGUAUUCUAAUUUCCAGUGUUUCAAACAAUCAUUGCCACCCCAUGCACUGAAGUGUCAAUCCCCACUGGAAGGUUAGGCAUGCUCCCGCGGCCUGGAGGUGACGAACUCAUGGUUGGCUGGAGAAAAAUAGUUUUGUAGCUUGCUGGAUAUCAUCAAGGUUGCAGGAUGUGGCGCUUCUCCCAAUCAGCUCAAGUGGUGCACAUUCACAAGAACGAGUUUGAAUUCCUUAUCAAUACUAGAGUGUUUCACAUCCUCAACGCCGCAGAUGAAAUCCCAAUAUUUACAACCGCUCUGCUCAUCUGCUGAACCAAGUCGAUUUUACUUCAGAAGUGAGGUGUAGUGGGAAUCACGACUGAGAUGAGGGGUCUCGAGUGGUGGAAUAAUGGGGCUACUCGUACUCUGCUGAUGGUGAAUCUGGCCGCCAUCAUGGAGCGAGCAGAUGAAUCAUUGCUUCCUGGAGUGUACAGGGAGAUAGGGUUAGAGCUCCAUGCCUCCCCCGCCAAGCUUGGAUCUUUGACUUUGGUGAGAUCUCUGAUGCAAGCUAUUUUUGCGCCGCUGGCGGCCUACGCAUCAUUGAACCACAACAGGAAGAACGUGAUUGCGCUCGGGGCAGUGUUGUGGGCCGUGGCUACAUUUUUUGUCGGCAUUUCUGCUUCAUUCACGCAGAUUGCAAUCUCUCGGGCUCUGAACGGUAUUGGAUUAGCGAUGGUGGUGCCUGCAAUACAGUCCCUGGUUGCAGACUCAACGGUAGAGCAUCAGAGAGGUGUAGCGUUCGGGUGGCUCCAAUUGACAGGCAACAUUGGAUCCAUCAUGGGGGGGUUUUUAUCUGUGAUUUUAGCUGGGCAUGUCUUUUAUGGCUACCCAGGAUGGCGGUUGUCUUUCCAUCUUGUGGCAGUCGUUAGCAUUGUAGUUUCAGUCAUGGUCUACUAUUUCGCAGUUGAUCCAAGAUUUUCCGGAAGACAUCCUUCAUCUCAGAAGCAAGGGUUAUGGAGCGGUCUGAAAGCAAUGCUGGUAGAGGCAAAGCACGUUUGUCAGAUUCGCACUUUCCAGAUAUUUGUGGCGCAAGGGUUAGCGGGAAAUUUCCCAUGGGCGGCAUUAGCCUUCGCACCAUUGUGGCUUGAACUGAUCGGAUUCUCACAUGAAACCACUGCGGUGCUUCUGGCUGUUUUUUCUGUGGCCAACUCUCUGGGUGGUCUUUUCGGUGGCAAAAUGGGGGACAUUCUGUCCCUGCGCAUGCCAAACGCAGGUCGAAUCAUGCUGUCUCAGAUCAGCUCUGGCCUUGGCGUGCCUCUGGCUGGCAUCCUUCUGCUGGUGAUGCCCAUCGACUCGUCCACACCUGUGUGGCACGGUAUCAUGCUUUUUAUUCUGGGCUUUUCCAUGUCCUGGAAUGGCGCUGCCACAAACAACCCUAUUUUUGCAGAGAUUGUUCCGCCGAAUGCACGGACAAGCAUCUACGCAUUGGACCGGUCCUUUGAAACCUUGUUAUCUUCCUUUGCCCCACCUGUGGUCGGCAUUCUUGCAGAGAAGGUUUAUGGGUACAUUCCACCGCAGACUGGAAUCUCCCAGACUGCCGAGUCUAAGAUUGAUAGAGAGAAUGCCAAGUCACUUGCCAAGGCUUUGUAUACUGCCAUGGGCGCCCCCCUCACUAUCUGCUGCCUUAUCUACACAUUGUUGUACUGGACUUAUCCACAGGACCGAGACCGAGCUCGUGCAUUAGUGCUUGCUGAUGCCCAGCUCGGCACAUCUUAUGACUUCGAGAAGUUUAGCUUGGAAGAGGAGAAUGAACUUGAGAUUAUCGACGUGUAUGGUGAGCACGCCGAUGAUUCUGACUUCGAGUCGGACGACCUUAACAAUAGUAAGAAGUUCACCGAAACCCAGUGGAUGUUGGAUCAGAAACACAAAUCAGACGAGCCUGUGUAGGUUGUUGCUGAAUGCAGCUUUAUUUGAACUAUUGUUCUUGUUGCUUUUGCAAAUCUUCCAGGCUACUGGUAGUAGUGUGGAUAUCAUAGUGAAGCGGUUGGAGGAGUUUAUAUAGAAGGCUCAGUUGCGCGUCCUGUGCAUCAGUAGGAAUCAGUUGCAGCAAACUUUAUCAAUAUAGAUGUGAUUGGUAUAUAUGCUUGGAGUUCUGCUUCAUAUGGUAGCAGAAGUUUUUCACUUGAUCAACUGCUCACUUUCACAAUAUUCCACUCUGAUCUUCCAUGCUGAUCACCUUCCCAUCGUGAUCUUUAGUCUAUCCUGUCUCCAAUGGUACACUGAAAUGAAAUGCCAUGAAAUUUAUGGCUGUUACUGGAA